AGAGCAUACCCGGAAACUCGAAGCGAGCGAUGGCGUGUGCCGCAUGGACGUGGAUUUGUUUGCUGGGCGGUGCCCUGGGGGCGCCGGCUUGGACCCAGGUCACUUUCAGCGGCGCCGCGCCGUCACGCCGGGAGGCGGCGUGCGCCGCCAUGGACUCCAGCGACCGCAUGUGGAUUUAUGGGGGGCGCAGCGCUUCAAACGACGACAUUGAUGAGGUGUGGCGCUUGGACACGGUGGCGCAAAACUGGACCCAAGUCUCCGUCACGGGCUCCGUGCCCCCGUUGAGCGGCAUGCAAACAAUGGUUGUGGACUCCAACGAUGUGAUGUGGAUCUUCGGCGGCAGCUUGUGCUGCGGUUCUGGCACGUUCUACAAUAACUUGUUCACCUUGAACACGGCGACGGAAGUUUGGGCUGAAGUCGUUGCCACGGGCUCUGUGCCAACGAGUAGAAGAAAGCACACCGCGGUCAUGGACUCCAGUGACCGCAUGUGGGUCUUUGCCGGCGAGCUUUCCGAUGGCACUAAGACCAAUGAGUUGUACUACCUGGAGACAGCAACCCCGAAUUGGGUCCAGGUCACCGCCAGUGGCACCCUGCCCAGUGAAAGGGAGAAGCAUGUUGCAGUCAUGGACUCGAGCGACCGCAUGUGGGUCUACGGUGGCCACUUGGGAUCCUCGACGCUGAGUGACUUGCAGGUCUUGGACACGGCGACGGAGACGUGGACCGAAGUUGUGGCGGCCAACACCCCUCCCAGAAGAUAUUUCGCUGUGGGUGUGGCAGGAUCACCUGAGGUGAUGUGGCUAUGGAGCGGCUACAAUGGUGGCAGGAUGAUGGAUGAGCUGCACUACCUGAGUGCUGCGGGCGAUGCGUGGACGGAGGUGACGGUCGCGAGCUCCAUGCCCACGCACCGCUGGAAGGCCUUCUCCGCCCGCGACUCGCAGAAUCGCCUGUGGAUCUUUGGAGGCGAAGCGGAAGUUGGGCGGAAGGUUUUGAGAGGGACAUCGAGAUGUGCAGGACACAUCAUGAAAUCAAGGAGUAGCACUAUUGCGCGAGCAAAAGGCCAUCCGGGUGCUCCUGGAAAAGGCGGUUGAAACGCUAGAUGAGUGGCCAUAAACAGCGCACAGUGCACGCUGAUCUAAAUCCGCAGAUAAGUACAUUGGAUAUGCGCAAUAUUUUCUCUUGCCGCUGGAGCUCCGCUGGCGCCAAUGGCGGAUCGCAGCUUUCAGACGUGUGGUAUUUGGAUAUGGAAACUGGUAUCACUGUGACGACUAGCAGCGGCACCACUAGCACGUCAAGCUUCAACAGUUCCACGUCAACCACCCACACUUCAACGUCAAGUUCCAGCACAGCCACAUCAAGCUCCAGCACUACGACGCAAAGCUCCAGUGCAACAAGCUCAAGCUCCAGCACCACCUCGUCCAGUUCCAGCAUGAUCACGUCAAGUUCCAGCACUACCACGCAAAGUUUCAGCACCACCUCGUCCAGUUCCAGCAUGAUCACGUCAAGUUCCAGCACUACCACGUCAAGUUUCACCACUGCCACGCAAAGUUUCGGCACUACCGCGACUACAACAAGUUUGAGCACCACAUCAAGAACCGGGUCCAAUUCCAGCACAUCGAGUAGCACUUCGAGCUCCACCAUGGGGGGGACAGCAUCUGGAGGCAUCGCCGAAGUCCUUCUGGACAACGCCAGGUCUCUCAUAGCAGAGCUCAGCUCAAACAAUGUCUCAACCGCCUUGACUCCGCUUGGCCGAAUGACAGCAGUGAAGUUGACGGAUGAAUUGCCAGAGAGCGGCUUCGCAAUGGCCAGUACUGACGGCUUUCCGAGUGUGAUUUUUCCCACAGAGACCCUGCAGAAUGGUAGCUAUGACGCUGUGGUGCUCACCAGCUUCGACGGAGAGAUGGGCAAGGGAGUCAUGCAAAAAGGAGCGUCGGCGACGUCAAGCGCUGGCAAUCCUUUGAUUUUUGCAACCGACGCCGUCGACAUUUCAUUGUUCGGCGUCGAUCUAUCUGCAGCCGAGGUGCUGUCUGCCAAGCCGGUUUUCAUCAAGUUGGCAACGGAGAAUCUUGGGUCGCCAUUGAUUUGUGCUUAUCAACUGGAAGAUGGAACUUGGUCAACCGAUGGUGUGCGCUUGGCAACGGCCGACGAGCUUGAGCAGAGCGGAAUCGUUGACACCUCGGGCGCUUGGUGUGCAACGUUUCACCUCUCGAUUUUUGCCAUGUUUGUGGACGUGCUCCUGGAUUGCACCAACAUCAAUGUCUUGUCAUCCGAAAACCUGCGAGAGAUCAUGGAGCGAUCCGACUGGUGGACCCGCCCGCCUUCGUUGUGCUUGUGGGUGUUGGUUGCGAUCUUGCUACUCUUUCUGGCUGCUGGCCUCGUGCGCGACGCGUCCAGAUCAACCCUUUGGCAGGCCGAGUAUUUCUUCACCGAGGCGCCCGGGGUUCCUCAGACCAGGUGCUGCCGCUGCAGAUGUUCCAUGAGAUGCAGAAAGAGCCAAGCUCCUGAGACUCCUGAGACGCUGGCAGCAAUGAAAGAGUUGAAGAAAAAGGAGCCUUUCAGCAAAAUGCAGGAAAGUAUUCUUUGUCAAAACACAUUGCGAGAAGUGUCCUUACAGCAUGGGCUCCACACGAAUUUGAUCCAGGAGCACGUAUGGGGGGCCGAAGGCUGGAUCCAAGGAAGCCUGGCUCUUCAGAAGUCUUCCGGGCUCAAGGCAGCGGCUCUUCGUGUGAAGGACGACUUGCCCUUUGCAUACGUGAAGGCUCAUAGCUCGCGCUGGCGGUGCUGGUUUUCGGCCUUUGUCACGACACAUCCCCUCUUUGAGAUGCAGCAAUUUGACCUCCAUGUCACCGCAGGCAAACGCGCCAAGAUCUUUAUGGACUGCAUCCUUGGCUCACUUGCUUUUGUAGCCUUGUUCUUCUCUGUGGAUGGUAGUGCAGUUGCUGCCAGAAGCCCCGAAGACUGCCCCAUUGAACAGACGUCUUUCCUUUGGCUUAUCUUCGUAUCAACCUUCAGCAUCUUUCUGAACUUCGUCCCGCGCAGCCUGUUUCAAUGCCUCGCUUUUCACCGGUUUGUGCAUGUGAAGAGUCCUGCUGAUCGGUAUUGGAAGCUGCGGAUUCACCAGCUCAAAGAUCUCAGAUUCUGGGCUUUGGGUCUUUCCCUCACCGUCCUCCAGCUGCUCAUCAUCAUGGCCUUUCUGGCAAAUCUGGACCCGGCGGAUGAGUGGAAGUGGCAGUUUUCCCUGGUCCUGGUGCUGGCCCGAAAGCUCCUUUUGGUGCCGUUAGUGUCAUGCACCAUCUCUGGCGUUGUUUCCGAGCUUGGCGGUGUGUCGAAGCAUGCGGUGUUCUCACCUCCGAAGAAGUUUGGCUUGAAUGUCGAUGAUCUUGCUCAGUUUGGCGGGUUUCAAUCUGGAAUGCAAGAUGAAGCAGACAAGUCAUCGAUCUGGAACGAGAAAGUUCGGGAACUCGCAGGGCGGGGUCUUACGCUCAGACAGCUGCUUGAUUUCUAUGCAGAUUUGGUGGGUCAGCCUCAGAUGAUGCCACACUUUGAUCCGAACUUGUCAACGACGCACGAUGUGGUGCGACACGCCAUCAUUCCAAGUGCAAGGCAUCUGCGCGAGGCUCGCCAUUUUCUCGUCCAGGUGCAUAGGGCUGUUGGCCACGACGGCGGCUCUGACCCCGGUUGCGCGCUGUUUGUGUGCCGUGGCCAUGAUGAGCCACUUCUCAAGCCUUGGAAAGGGGGCUCAAGUUCACUCAGAUGGGAUGAGACCGUGCUUUUGCAAGAAGUCUUGCCAGAGGAAAGCCUCUACUUUGCAGCGCGCCCACAGAACAAGGAAGGAGAAGAAGUCUUCUCCAUCUUGCCUAGCUCUUCAUUCUGGCACGGCUUAAGGGACGUAGACAUCCGCCUUGGCGCAGGUGUGCUGGUGGCCUCCAUCAAACCAUGUGACUCGCUUGAAGAAGCACGUGCCAUUGUGGAAUCGAGGGAGCUAUUGGAAGAAGACGAAGAUAUGAGUGAGAAUGCCAAGCCGAAUCCAAUAAGGCUGGCAAUCUCGCCUGGCAAGGCCGUGAGUGACAGGGAGCCGGAAGGCAUCAAGGGAUUUGCCUAUGCAACAAGCAUCAAUGGUGGACGGCCAUGUUUGGCACAGAAGAUGGUGACGCACAGUUGGGGUAACAAGUUCUGCCAUUUGAUCAGCGCGAUCUUCUCGGAUGCCCUGGAAGAGGAGACCUACGACCGGGUUGCGCAGUGGUUGAUGUCCAAGGACUUUGAAGGGCUGUGCACCCGGCUGCAGCACAAGAAGAAGCUGGAUGUUCCAUACUGGGUCUGUGCGUUUUCCGUGAACCAGCACGCCGGGAUUUGUGCCCGGGCGCCGCCCCUUGACUCCACGGGCCAUGAAAUCACCGUGUGCAGUUGUGGAACUGCCAAGCAUUUUGAGGGAGAUUUGAGUGAGAUGAACAAGUUCGAUGACAUGAUGGCAUUCUUGAAGCAGCACCAUCGGCAGAACUCGCAGGUACGCUUGGAGCAGGUGGUGGCAAUGGAGGUGGACUUUACUUUGCUCACCAGAGUGUGGUGCGUUGCCGAGUUGGUCGAAGCUGACAGGCUGCAUUUGCAUCAGGCGGUGAAAACCCAUUCCGCAGCGUCGCGGGAGAAGUGCGUGGACCAUUUGCUUCACUUGGACGUGAGGGAAGCUCAGGCUUCUUUCCCGGCUGACAAGGAUUUGGUCCUGAGCAAGAUUGAAGACGUGAAUGUUUUCAAUCGGGACCUUCAAGGUUUGAUGCUGCAGCGUUUGGGCACCUUCCUGGCCAUCAACCAGGUCACCGCCACGGCGGCUGCUGCAUUUGACGACAUCUUGGGGGCCGUGUUGAGCGUGCUGGUGCAGUAAUCCUUGGCGCUUCGCCCAAUGCAAGUCUCACAAAUGCUCCGUGGGCGAACGCCCCCCGGCGCAAAAUUGCGCGGACACCACCUCCUGCGAGGAUUUAGUCGACAGAGUUUCUACAUUCCCUUUGUGAGCAAAUUCCUAUGACUCUUGAGUCACUGACGAAGUAAGUCUCACAAAUGAUCCAUGUUCGGGCGAAUGUGCUCACGUUUGUCCUCGCGAGUUCAAGCUUUGUGCGGACCCGACCUCCUGUAAGGAUGCAGUCGGAAGAGUUUUCUACAUUUGCUCUGUGAGUAAACUCCGAAGCAAGUCUCAGAAAUGGUCCAUGUUCGGGCGGACCCGUGUGGACAAUCCCCUGUUUUCCUUUCGGGCGCCACCGGUGUCUGUACUAGCUGGAACGUGGAGCUAAGCUCCUUCCUGCCAAACAUCGCAUGCCUGAUGUC